CAUGGCCACUGAGACCGUCGAGUCAGCUGCCCUCAUUGACCCCCACUCUCGCGUCGACAGCAGGGUGAAAGCUCUGAGGCGCUGCCGUGCCAUCCUUAGAAGAUACCAGGUCCACAUUGGCACCGUUGCGGCACUCGCUCUGGUGUUGGCUUCAUGGGCGGUCUUCUGCGUCCAUAGUGUACUACUUCCUCUGGCGGUCGCAAUUUUGGUACCGAUCAUCGUCAAGGCCCGUGAGCCUGCCGUCUAUUGUGUUGACCACGAGGAAUUUUUCGCCCCCAAGAGCUGGGAAGUUACUCACGAGGACAUCAUUUCUAUCAUGUCGAGUCAUCCGGAUGUUACCGAGGAGAGUAUGAACUUUGCCAAGCGCGUUCUCUCCCAAUCAGGCAUUCGCUCAGGCAGCGCCUUGCCUCCCAAUAUUACGAAGUGUCUCGAGACUGGCAAGCCUUGGUCGGCUACCAUGGAAGAUGCUCGUACGGAAAUGGAAUACAUUCUCACUCAAAUAUUGCAGGGACUGCUCGAUAAGACUGGUGUCAAGGCCAGAGAAAUCGAUUUUCUGGUCUUGAACUGCUCAUUCUUCAACCCCACUCCUUCGCUGUGUGCCAUGGUUUGCCACAAGUUCGGCUUUAGGAGCGACUGCCUCACUUACAACCUGUCCGGUAUGGGCUGCUCUGCCAACGUCAUCUCCAUUGAUCUUGGUCGUCGCCUUCUCGAGCAUGCACCGCUUGGUUCUCUAUGUGUGGUCAUAUCGGCCGAGUCCUAUGCUCGACAAUUUUACUCUGGGAAUGAGAGAAGUCGAGUUAUGUCCAACGUCUUGUUCCGCAAUGGAGCAACUGCUGCACUCCUCACCAAUUGGAACACUGGAACUUGUAAGUACGAACUCCUUGAUACAGUUCGCGCCCAAGUUGUGAAGGAGGAAGCUCUCCACGCUGCCUGGCAGGGCUCCGACAAGGACGGCCUUCUUAGCCUAUGCCUGAGCAAGAGCAUCGUGCCGGUGGCUGGAGAGGCUCUCGCGCUCAACCUCGAGCAGCUUCUGCCGCGAAUGAGUCGUUUACCAGCAUGUCUUCGCUACUUCGGUCGUGGCGCGCGCCUCGUGCCCUCGGACCUUCCACGCAUUGUCGACUACUUCUGUGUCCAUGCUGGUGGUCGUGCCGUCAUCGAUAAUAUCAUGGACGUUCUGAGUCUGUCCGAAAAGGACGUGCACCCAUCUCGUGAGAGUCUAGCUAAACACGGCAAUACUAUGAGCACUUCCGUCUGGUAUGAGAUGGGCAUCCUUGAGACGUCCGGCAAGCUAAAGCCCGGUGACAGUGUGCUUCAAAUAGCCUUAGGUAGCGGCUUCAAAUGCAACACUGCUCUGUGGCUCUGCCUUUAGAGCACUAUUAUUGUUAUGAGUCAUUUUUUUCGUUGCCGACAUUUUACGACUACUCGCCGGUAGAAGGUUGUGAGCUCGGUGAUUAGUCAGUUGGCGAUCCUGACGAAUAUCUAACUGCUUACGAGGCGUAUGUGUAUCGUGCCGUCUUCGCUUUUGUCACCCGAUGAUAUCGAGGAACU